AAAACAAUUCCCAGCCCGCACUGCAAGGGACGGCAGGGACGCUCUGCUUCGCUCCCUUAAGUACUUGGCUCGCAUAGAAUCCUGAAUAGUAAGGCGCAGGCAGCCACAGAGUGAAUAGAUGUCACUCUGAUCCUGACAAGGCCCGUUAGCGACUGAGCUUCAAGGAUUGUUCCUUCAAGCAUGACGCAUGAAAUGGAAGGGGAAAGAUUGGAGGAUGACAUAAGUGGACCUUCUUCCAGAGCACGAGACUUGGAACGAGAGAGUGACUGUGAUGACGCUUCUGAUGACAUGUCGGCAUGCGCAGACGAGAACAUUUCUGACAACGAGCUCGACGAAGUGUUGCCGAUGUCGAUGGAUAGAAUCAGCGACUCUGACGCUAGCAUAUCGGCAACGAGCACCGUAGAGCAGGAGACACAGAAGUCUGCACACGUCUUGGAGAAGGCCGUUCGAAAGAGGCUGAAAAAAGCAAGGGCGGUCGUGAACCUAACUGGCUGCCAUUACUCCGUGAUCCGCGAUGUCUGCCAGGACCUGGGUUGGAGGGUUACUAGCAACGAGGAGAAGUGGACGAUCAAGUGGACGGACAGAUACCUGCUGGGAUCUACCAUCAAGGACAUGAAGAUGGGAAGAUCGCAAAGGAUCAACCACUUCCCUUCCCUGUGCGAGAUCGCGUUCAAGUGCAGGCUGGCUGUGAACUUGAACCGCAUGAAGAAGGUUCUGCCGGCAGAGUAUGAUUUCUAUCCGGAGACAUGGACUCUUCCCGAGGAGUAUCACACUGUGCUGAGGCUGAUAGCUGAAAAGAAGAACCGAACCUUCAUCGUCAAGCCCAACACGGGCAGCCAGGGGAAUGGCAUCCUGAUCACCAGAAGAGCUAACGAGAUCCCGAAAGAGGGCAAGUUUGUCGUACAGAAGUACUUGAACAACCCCUUGCUCAUAGACGGUCUCAAGUUCGACCUGCGGAUCUACGUCCUAGUUACCUCGGUCACCCCGCUGCGAGUAUAUGUGUGCAGAGAUGGGCUUGCAAGGUUUUGUACGCAAGAGUACGAGAGCGUGUCCUCCAAGAACGCGAACGCGCAGUUCAUGCACUUGACAAACUAUGCCAUCAACAAGCACAACGAUGAGUUCGAGGCUCCUACGAACGGACUUGAUGAGGAAGGCCGCCAGGGAGACGGUGAUGCGAGCAGCAAGCGAAGUUUGGGGAGCAUUCGCAAGUGGCUGGAUGAGAAUGGAUACAGCAGCCAAGAAGUCUGGUCGAACAUUUGUAGCAUGGUCGUUAAGACCAUCUUGGCAGCCUUGCCAGCGAACCAGCACUCUUAUCGCAUCUCUGUGCCAGAAAGUCGGGACUCGGUUGGCUUCUCCUGUUUCACAGUCCUUGGGUUCGAUGUCAUGCUUGACUCCAGCACGAAGCCAUGGCUGAUCGAGGUGAACGAGCUUCCCUCGUUCGAGACAGACUCGCCGCUGGAUCGAGACGUCAAGUCGACGGUGAUCCGAGACACCUUCAUGAUGGUCGCUCCGACAGUGCAAGAGAUCAGGUUGUUGAAGGAGCUGUCGUCGCUGAUAGCUCCUGGUCAGAAGUAUCAGAAUGACGAGAACUACAAGAAGCAGAGGGAGAACCUGGUGAACCUGAGGAUAGCGCAAGAGAUGCACUACAAGAACUCCUUCGAGUGUAUCCACCCAUGUGACGACCAGAUGCUGAGCAGACUCUUCAACAACUGCCUGUCUGCGGCGGAGCUCGCGUACAAGAACAGUUUCUAUGGAUCGGAGAAAGGGGCGGUAGACGCCGGGAAGGAAGGGGAUGCCUCGAAGAAACCCAACAGCCAAGAGGGUCUCGCAGGGAAGGCGAAGUCGAACAGUAACAGGAAGGAUCCUCCGGCUCUCAGCUCGAGGGCAGGGACGCGUGCUGCAGACGGGGCAGGGAAAGGGGCGAGGGCGCAGCUUGUUCUGAGCCGAAAAGCGAAGGCCCAACGGGAAGCUUUCCUGGAUCCCUUGCUGCAGAAGGACGUCCUGCGAGCAGGGCAGGGGGGGCUUCUUGCUGCUGUCGCAGCUGCCUUGAGGAAGAAGAACGAGUCGAGGGACAGCGCUCGAAUGCAGCGUCCUCUGUCCGACAACCCUCGACGCUCAAGGCCACUGAUUGAGCUGGAAGAGUCGCUCAACUUGGAGAUGCUAAACUCCGUUGGCAUCAGCCCUGAAUCGCCCAGCAUGUUCGAUGAGGGAAGUGCCAGCAAGGCUCGUAGCUCGGAACGUGGAGCCGCUCACGAGUCCUCCCAGUCCUCUCGCGCUCCUCCCGUCUGCUUCACCAAGAACUUGUCGUUCGAACAAGGUCAAGGAGCGCAGGCGAACGCCUCCAAGAAGCACUUCCCCGUCCUCGGCAACGCGUGCGUCCUCGCACGUGCCCCUGGUCUUCGCAAGACUAGCGACGGCUCGUCGUCGAGCGGGGAAGGGAAGGGGCAGGCAGGAGGAAAUCAUGGGGCAGCACAGGGGGCAGUGAAGGACUGGGGGGAGAUGGCAUGGAACAUGCGGUCGAAUCUCGAUGACUUCAACGUGAGGGAUCGAGAGGGGAUGAUUGACGGCAACUUCGCAAACUUUCGUAACCUCGGUCAGCUUCAUCGCGGGCUGGUGCGGGAAGCUGGUCUGAUUGGGAACAAACGGGUGGAGCAUCUGAGGAACUUCUUUCCUCCCUCAUACAGGACGCGAAAGCGCGGGGACAUUUCGAUGCAGAAUGGCAGCGGGGUGGGCAGGCAGGGGAAGCCGUCGGUGCUGGAGCUAGUGAAUAGAGACUUGUCGAGAGCGAAGGGGAUGCUGCUAGUGAGGCACAUGAGCUCGAUGCGGGCUGCGGAGUAGAUGCCAAGGGCAAGUCUUUAUUGUUUCAUGUAUUCUUUCAUGUGGAUG